CCGACCUCGACGGCCUAGGUCUUACUCGGGAGGUAGGGGAUGGUCGACCUUUGAUGCGGGCCAUCUCCGGACUCCGGUCCUAUACACGACUUCUCUCGACAAACUUUGUCUCCUUCGAUCGGUGAAACAUCGAAAUCCCUAACCCUUCUUACUCGAUUAUAGUCGCAGGAUUAGAACAAACCAGCUUAAAAAAAUGGACGGUUUCUCUCGCCACCAACCGCAGCAGCACGGCGGCGGAGCAUUCUGGUAUUCAUCUUCCUCUUCUCCUCCGCCGCCGGCAGGAUACCAUCCCCCGCCGCCACCAACGCACCUGGCGCAGAACCCACCUCUCCCUCCCCAUCUUCCUACUUACCACCAUCAACCGAGCUACGCAAGCCAAUUGCCUAUCACUCCACCUCCGCAGCAUCAGCUGCCGCAGCCGUGGUUUCAUCAACAACAGCAGGCUCCGCCGAACUACCCUCCGCCGAACUACCCUGCGCCUUACCAUGGCCAACCUGGACUACCCCCUUAUCCUCAGCCUCAGCACCGCUACCCUCCUCCUCCUCCUCCUCAGCCCCAUCCCAUGGCCGUGCCUCCUGCCUAUCCUCCCACCGUGCAGGCAUGGGGAAACCCAUCUUGGCAAAAUCAUCAAUUAUGGGAGUACCCAGAGAGAAACAUUCACUACAGUAGUGAGGAAGAUUGGGCUGCAAAGGCGAGAGCAUGGGCUACUGCUGAUUCAAGGACAGAAAAUCAUCAUGCACGAUCGCAGUUUACCCCGCUUGGAAGGAUGGAUGAGCAUGAGUAUGCUUAUCUUGAUCACUUACCAAAAGUUGUUGCUCCUGCUGUUGAUAACCAACUACCACUACCGCCACAAUCAAAUGGACGAGCAUUGUAUAAUGAACAUGAAGCUGAGGCCAGGGACACUGGCCAUUUGAUUUCCCCACCGAGAAUCUAUUAUCCAAGUUCAUCCAUAUAUGAGCAGGAGGUACCUUAUACUUAUUCUUCUUCACAAGGAAACAGAGAAGCUAUGGAUCAUAUGGAGAGGUCUCACGAGAGUCUUCAUCCUCAGUUCACAGCAGCUAUCCAACUGUCUUCAGUGGAAGAACCUCACUUUAUCCCUGGAAACCGGCCUGCUAAACCACUAUCUGAUACUGUUGAUCAGCCUCUUGAUUUCCAGCCAAAAUCCACAUUUGGCCAUGAUCAGCAUAAACAAUUUGGCUAUAGUCAUGUUGCUUCUGCAGCAAAUGAAGGAGUGAUCGAUCAAAAUAUAGUCGCCACAUCUGUUCAUGCUUGGAAUUCAACAACGGUUCCAGUUGCUUCCUUUCCUCCAAUUCCCUUAGCUCCAUCUGGAACACAGUUUGAUCCUUCGUUCGCAUCCCAAGCUUCCCUCCCUGUCCACUCUACACCUGUGUUUGGGGGAAUUGCUGCUCCAAGCUUUCAGGCUCCUGUUUCUCCUAUCAGUGCACCAUUUGUUCUUGGUGUCGGGGCAUCUCUUCACUCCCCAGAUUUUCCUGGAGAUGGAAAUGGCUCUUUUAGUCUUUCUGAGCGGCCAAAAAAGGCAGCAGUUCCUAAUUGGCUGAGAGAAGAAUUAAUUAAGAAGAAAUCUGCAAUUACAAGUACCAAUUUAUUACAUUCUGGGGUAGUUCAAAUGGAAGACGCUGAUAUGUCUUUUAGAAAAACCGAUCAAGCUGACAAUCAGAGUUUAGAUUCAAGGAGGUCUACUGAAGAAGAAGAUGAUGAUGAGGAUGAAGUAGAAGCAGCAAGAUCAGCAGCCAUCAACCAAGAAAUUAAGCGUGUUCUGACUGAAGUUCUUUUGAAGGUCACAGAUGAACUGUUUGAUGAAAUUGCAACCAAAGUUCUUGAUGAAGAUGAACCCACUACGGAUGUUGUUGAGAUUACCAGUUUUGGUAACCCUAAAUUUUCUCCUCCAGCCAUUCCAAUCCCUAAGGCAUCCUCUAAAAUCCUAAUUCCCCUGAGAGCUGAAAGUAGAAAUGUUAAUGAUGCUAAUGAAAAAUCCAGUCCCAGCUCUGUUGGAGGUGAUUUGUUGGGUCUUGCUAACUAUGGUUCAGAUGCUUCAGAUGGUGAUGAUGAUGAUAAUGAAAGUCAAGGAGCUCAGCCUAGGAAACUAGAUAGUGCUUCUGAUAAUCUAGAAACAGCUGUUAGAUCUUACGAGCAUGCCCUGAAGGAUGCGGAGACUGGAAAGGAAGCACUGUAUGGUGAUGCUAAUGGUGAUGUGCAGAAGGAAGGAAGGAUAUCUCUUCCAGAAUCAAGUGAAAGGAAAAAGGUUGGGCAAUUUCAUGCUAACGUCCCAGGAGUUUCUGAAACUUCUGAGAAGACCAGUUCCGCUAACAGUGAAAGGGCUGGUGAAUUCCGACAAGAUGCAAAGUAUCUUAAAUCAGGUGGCACUGCUGGUAGCCAGGAGGGGGGAAGAAGACAUGAAUCUGUGCAUGGUGACAGAACCAGCAGUGCGGAAUGCCAGGAUGGAGAAGCGAACAUCUUACCUAGUGCUAAUCGAAAACCAGACAAAUGCCUGAAUAAUAAAGGCCUUAUUAAUGAUGUAGCGGCUGGCUCUGGCUCUCACAAAAAAGAUAAUGAAAAUAAUAAGCAUGGAGACAAACAAAAGGAAAACAUAAGAAAAAGUGAUAAGUUGUAUGAGCGGGUUGGUGACAGGAACAUAAAACAAGGGGCCAUUGAGAGGGAAACUCAUUCCAAAAUUAGUUCUAAGACUGAGAUUAUAACAGAUAGUAAAAAGGAGAUUUCUAAAGAUAAAGUAGAAAAAAAGAAAGAUUAUGAAAGGAGAAGUGAACGCAAAAGAGACAGAAAGGAGGAUUAUAAAAAAGAUGGGAAGGAAGAUCGAUCAGAAUUUGCAAGGGAAACAUUGAGGCGCAACAUUAGGUCUAAAUCUCCUGUAAGACAUGUAAAGGAUAAUUCUAAGAGCUGUCGUGGCAGUGCUUCUAGUGAGGAAUCUUCUGAUAAUUCACGGAAGAGGAAGUUGCAAUUACGAGGAGCAAGUUUGUCAGCAUCACCAAGAUCUACAAAAAGUGUUCCGUGUGCCUCUCUCUUUUUCUACUGCAGGAUUCCUUCUCCUUUAAGCAGGGAAAGGGUUUGAGUGGGAGAAGAACGAGUUAAUCUAUUGUUUUAUUCGAAGUAAUAAAUGAAAUCUUAUUGUUUUCAUUGUGUCCUUUAGUUUGUUGUUACAACAUGUCUACAUGCAUUAUCACAAGUUUUUAUUCUGUAUUGGCACUUGGCAGUUGAGUAAUCAGUUUUCUUUUUAACUGAUUGAGAAAGAAAUGUACAUUAUACUAGUUUAAUAAUUAUCUAAAUUGCAAAUAUUGGAAGUUUUAUUUUGAAUUCUGUUCAUAUAGCUUUAAUUGCUAGUACAAUUUCUGAUACGUUUAAUGCUCACUAGAAGUUCUCUUCUUUAUUUCGAUAUUGCCAUAUAUGAAUAAUUUUUUCCUUGUCCACCAUUUUUCAUUUCCUACUUUUUAAAGUCGUUUACAAAGCUCUGCAUUGCUGGAUGUGAUAAUGCCUCAUGUUAUAAUACCAUGUUGAUUCAGACCAUAACGUACAAGUUUUUCCUGCAUUCACUUUGCUAUCCCCUCCAGUAGUCUGCAGUGGUGUCACUACCUGCCUGAUUAUACACACAGCUUCACUGGGCUUCUCGAGAUGCAGUAUUAAAGAAAUUUAGUUGCAUGAAUCAGUGUGUCUAAUGAAAUGUCAGACAUACUAUUUUAUGUGGCUAGGUUGUUUUAUAACAAAUUAUAUUAUAGAUUGAUCCAAUAAUGUGAAGUGUGUGAAGUUAGCUUCGAAGAAAAUACAUAAAAGUAAAGCUUUGGUUUAAGAUGAGAGAAUUAUAGGGAUUUUGGAAAGUCAUGAGUUAUAAUAUAGAGUCAAGUAAUUUGGUAACAAAUUUUUAGAAUGAAAUUUUGAAGAUUAAAAGAAUGUUAAAUUAUUAGAGAAGUAUUUUUUAGCAUUUAUGAACUAAAGAGAGAUUCAGGACUGCUGUAUUCAUCGAGCAAUUUAUUGUAGUUUUAUGCAGCAAGAGCUGUUAUGGAGGCGAUUUCAGCUUGUGAAAUUUAUAAUAUACUAAAAGCUUUAUCUGGGAUUUUGUUGUUUAUUUGGAUAAACUAAGGGAUUUAAUUAUAGCUGAAAUUGAAACAACAGGAAAAAAUGAUAUAUUUUGGAGAAAAUGAGAGGCCUAUCUCUGCAAGAUACUCAAAAGGCUUUGUACAGUGAGCCCUAAUGUUAGAUUAAAUACUAGCGAAGGUUGAAGAGUGGAAAUAUUGACUUGUGCAUUUUUGUCUAGCUCUUUCUCUUCUUACGUGGCAGAUUAACCAUUUGCAGCUUUGGCCUUGUCACACAUUUACAGCAUUUUCUUACUUGUAUACAAGUCCAAAAAUAGUGUUUUCGAGCAUGCAGGAAAGUUGUGUAGUAAUGCAACUGGGGAUCAAAACUCCACGUCUUCGUUUACUUACAAACCAGUAUGAUGUUUUUUUUCUCCAUUUCUAGACAAGUCUCGCGGUCUCCCCAUAGCAAGCAUUCUCAUUCCAGGCAUUCCCCCUACUCUUCGGCCAGAAGGUAAGAACUCUGCCACACUCUUCUUCCUACUGUUAGGCUUAGACAUCAUAACUAAAGCUUAAAAAAGGUGAUAUAACCUGGUUUCUCCUUUGCUUGGCCUAUUCUGUAUACUUUUGAUUCUUAAUCCUUUAUCUUUUCUUUUUUUUUUGUGCAGGAACCGCAGAUCAAGGUCUAUUUCACCUGUUCGCAGGAGGAGAGCAUCUAAGCAUGAGUGAUAAUAUAAUGGACUAUGCUAAAGCUGGAACUACGUUUUGUGCAGAGCUUUCAGUUGGAAGUAAUCAUCCAUGAUUUGGUUUCCGCAGAUGCAUUUUGUCGAUGGCUUGGCUCCCUGGAUGAUGUCCUGCGUAGUGAUGGAUCGAUGUUGUUUUGACCUGGUAAUUGUAAUUUUCCAUAAUAAUGCUCCAUGUGGUGAAAUUUUCUUUUUUCUUUCGUCCUUGUAGCAUAUAGGCUUAGGUUUGGUGGCAUAGUUAUUACAAUUCAUGUUGUAAGAUAUUGGAAACUAUAACUUCAACUUAGUUUUGACAAUCAGAGGGCAUAUAAUGAUUUCCCUUAUAGAUUAUGUCUCUUAUUUGUGAGA